GUGACUAUGUAACCAAAUUUACCAGCAAACAAAUAACAACAAAACAUAUUGGUUGUACUUGGCAUAUUAAUCUUUCUGAACCUAUUGCUGAAAAUUUUUUUAACCAUGUAUAUAUUACUACAUUUUAUAAUACUCAUUCAUAUAAUUUAAAUUCUAAUAUUAUUCAAUUUGGAGAUAACAAACAAAUACCUCUUGAGAUUAUGAAAGAAAUUGAAUUUCUUACUGUCUAA